GGAAGCCAGCGAGGUCGGUUCCGCCCGACUCUAACAUGGCGGCGCCCUUUGUCUGCUCUGAAGUGCCGUCCCCGGCCUUCUCGCGGCCGUGAUGCACCUCCCUCUACGGUGGGGUCCGGGACAUGGCAGGUAAUGAGCUGGAGGAGGAGAGCCAAGCUGGAGUUUACGCAGACAAACUGUCAGAAAAGAGUAGCCUGGGCUACUUGGAAAUCUGAGCCAUGGAUUUUCCCCAGCACAGCCGGCACGUCCUGGAGCAGCUGAACCAGCAGCGGCAGCUGGGACUGUUGUGUGACUGCACGUUUGUGGUGGACGGGGUUGACUUCAAAGCCCAUAAGGCAGUUCUGGCGGCCUGCAGCGAGUACUUCAGGAUGCUCUUCGUGGACCAGAAGGAUGUGGUGCACCUGGACAUCAGUAAUGCGGCAGGCCUGGGGCAGGUGCUGGAGUUCAUGUACACGGCCAAGCUGAGCCUGAGCUCCGAGAACGUGGACGAUGUGCUGGCCGUGGCCAGCUUCCUGCAAAUGCAGGACAUCAUCACGGCCUGCCAUGCCCUCAAGUCACUGGCUGAGCCGGCCGCCAGCCCUGGGGAGAAUACGGUGGCCUCGGCCACGGAAGGAGGAGACAAGAGAGCCAAAGAGGAGAAGGUGGCUGCCCCCACACUGGGUGAGCUGGACCCUGGCGGCAGCGGUCCGCCCACAGGCCCAGGCCGGGAGCCCAAAGAGGAGCGGGGUGGCCAGGCCGAGAGCACGGCCAGCGGGGCCGAGCAGACGGAGAAGGCUGAUGCCCCCCGGGAGCCACCCCCCGUGGAGCCCAAGCCUGACCCCACGAGCAGCAUGGCCGCUGCGGAGGCCGAGGCCGCCUUGUCAGAGAGCUCCGAGCAAGAAAUGGAGGUGGAGCCGGCCAGGAAAGGAGAGGAGCGGGACGAGGAGGGCGCGGCGGAGGUCAAGGAAGAGGGGCCGCCGCUGGAGAAGGGGGAGGCCCCCGAGGAGAGCGAGGAGUCGGCCAGCACGGACUCCGGCCAUGAGCUGGGCGCCGAGGCCCGGGGCCUGCGCUCGGGCACCUACGGCGACCGCACGGAGUCCAAGGCCUACGGCUCGGUCAUCCACAAGUGCGAGGACUGCGGGAAGGAGUUCACGCACACCGGCAACUUCAAGCGGCACAUCCGCAUCCACACGGGCGAGAAGCCCUUCUCGUGCCGAGAGUGCAGCAAGGCCUUCUCGGACCCGGCUGCGUGCAAGGCCCACGAGAAGACUCACAGCCCGCUGAAGCCGUACGGCUGCGAGGAGUGCGGCAAGAGCUACCGGCUCAUCAGCCUGCUGAACCUGCACAAGAAGCGGCACUCCGGCGAGGCGCGCUACCGCUGCGAGGACUGCGGGAAGCUCUUCACCACGUCCGGCAACCUGAAGCGCCACCAGCUGGUGCACAGCGGCGAGAAGCCCUACCAGUGCGACUACUGCGGCCGCUCCUUCUCCGACCCCACGUCCAAGAUGCGCCACCUGGAGACCCACGACACCGACAAGGAGCACAAGUGCCCCCACUGCGACAAGAAGUUCAACCAGGUGGGGAAUCUGAAGGCCCACCUGAAGAUCCACAUUGCCGACGGGCCCCUGAAGUGCAGGGAGUGUGGCAAACAGUUCACCACCUCAGGAGAGAAGCCUUACCUGUGUGACAAGUGCGGUCGUGGCUUCAACCGGGUGGACAACCUGCGUUCCCACGUGAAGACUGUGCACCAGGGCAAGGCGGGCAUCAAAAUCCUGGAGCCUGAGGAGGGGGGUGAGGUCAGCGUGGUCACCGUGGAUGACAUGGUCACACUGGCCACCGAGGCACUGGCGGCAACGGCCGUCACUCAGCUCACAGUGGUACCAGUGGGGGCUGCGGUGACCGCCGACGAGACGGAAGUACUUAAGGCCGAGAUCAGCAAAGCUGUGAAGCAAGUCCAGGAGGAAGACCCCAACACCCACAUCCUCUACGCCUGUGACUCCUGUGGGGACAAGUUCCUGGACGCGAACAGCCUCGCACAGCACGUGCGGAUCCACACGGCUCAGGCACUGGUCAUGUUCCAGACGGACGCGGACUUCUACCAGCAGUACGGGCCGGGCAGCGCGUGGCCGGCCGGGCAGGUGCUGCAGGCUGGGGAGCUGGUCUUCCGCCCUCGGGACGGGGCCGAUGGCCAGCCCGCUCUGGCAGAGACGCCCCCCACAGCCCCUGAAUGUCCACCGCCUGCGGAGUGAGCGGGCGUCCCUCCUUGUGACUGUUUAUUUAAGGAUGGCCGGCACCCUAGAUCUGAGACGGGUGGCCCCGUUCCCUAGAGAGAAUAAAUUCGAUUAUUUUCUAACGCUGCCUAUAGCUCCCUGUGGGGGUGGGGCGGGGAGCUGGCAGAGCUGUGGCCGAAGCCACGGAAGGGCUGCCCCUCCCAGGCACCAGCCGGCACCGACCUGUUCCUUGGCCAAGCGGCCAGGCUGUCCCUCCCGCAGAGUGGGACUGGUGCCUCUGGACCGGUCUAGGAAAAAAAAGCUGGCCGGAGUCGGGGUGUGGGCGGCACGCUUGGGGCCAGAGAGACCGUGGCUCCGUGCACCCCAUCCCCUCAUCCAGUCUCCCCCUUGGGCUUCUCACCUGUUCAGCUUCAGGACCUGCGCUCCCCUCUCCGCCGUGGAGCACAGCUGUGACCCUGCUUCCCCUCUGCCCAGUUGGGUUGGCUUACCAGGAUCCAGGCACCCCAGAGAGAGCCCAGCUCAGAAGCCCGUUCAGCCAGAGCGGCAAGGUAGGCAGAGAGCCAGGCCCAGCGGGCCACGGGCCCAGUUCUGUUGGGCUUGGGGAAGCAGGAGGGCUCCCCCCUCACUUCACAGGAUCAAGGCCGAGCCAGUGCCCCGCUCUUUCGGGAACAUUUAUUUGCCCUCAACCGAUGGAGUCUACGACCAGGCUGAGGGUCAGAAACGCGUGGCCAGGGGCUCUGAUGGGGGAAGGUGGGGGACACGGCCAGCAGGGGCCGUGGAACAGCUCAUCCUUACCCUCCUCGGGAGGGAGAGCUGACGCCGUCCCUGCCCCUCUGCAGUUUGCUCCGAGCAGUUGUAAUCCCUCCCUCAGAGAUGGCGCCACCUCCUCACUCCGAGAGCCCCGUGAUUCUCUCAAGUGAGACCAUCAACUCUGUGGUCCUGUCCCCACACCCCGCCUCCCCAGCUUGUAGUGGGUCCAGCUGCAGGGGGAGCAGGGCCCAGUCGCCCCACCCUCCUUGCUGGCGCCGGGGCAGGCCUGAAGGAGGAAGGGGCAAGAGACGAGACACCAAAGUUUGCCCACGAGGUUUCAGAGUUUGCCUGGUGGGUGGUUCCCCCGGCCCCCCCCCCCCCCCCCCCCCCCAAUCCAAC